UCAGGCUGACGAAAGCGAUGGCACGGUCGGGCAAGGGAACGGGUCGAUGGGCGGCUUGCGGAUACCUUCUCGAAGAGACGGGCAAUGGCUCUGUUCGAGACGUGGCUCAAGAGGACAGUGUUAGAGCGUCGAUUGAAGCAGAGGAUGGAUGAUCGAGAUGAAGAAAUGCUGGCGUCCACAUUCACUCUUUGGCGCCAAGGAGCGGUCGUGGUAGGCAUGGCGCGGCGCGUGGGACAAAGGCGGGACGGCAUGGUCGUCAGGCGAUGCUGGGAUCAAUGGCGGUUGCAAACGAUGAGUAAAAGUCACGACUCUCGGCGAAUCCUACGAAUGGGGUUGAGGGUGAUGAAGGCGAGGAAGGCCAAGCGAGAGGAACUGGAGGCAGCGGCGAAGAGAUUCAGGAAUCGAAGCCUGCUGCAAUGUGCAAUGUCCAAGUGGAUCCAACAGGAGCGCUGUGGGCUGUAUCGUCGAGUUCGCGAUGUCAGGGCGGCAGAGCGAGUCAUGAAGAAUUGGAAUGAGAGGUUGGCCACGGUCAGGAGGAACGAGGAUGUCGCGAUUGGCCAUCACGAUGGAUCCAUCCGAGCGCAUCUCGCUCGGUGCUUCACUGCCUGGCGUGUUAAGGCUCAGACCAGGCGGGGGGCUGUCCAGAGAGCUAUCCAGAUGCAUGACUCGGCCGUCAAGUUGCGGGCUUUCGGCCAGUGGAGAAGCGCAAGUCAGAUCGUCCUGGUCAAUUCCCGUCGAGCGGACAAGGCAGCUGCCUACUUCCGUCAGCGCGAGGUCUUGGCAGUGUGGCGGGGAGUGCUGGAAAAGAGACGCUUGGCAAAGGCCGCGGAAUUGGCCAGGUCGAGAGUGCUCAAAGACUGCUUUAGAGUAUGGCGGGAUGCGACGGAGCGUCAGCGGAGGCUUCAAGGCCAGCUCGAGGAAUUUGAGCAAGAACAAUCAAAGGUCAUCAUGAAGCGCACUUUAAAUCACUGGGCAGGUCGCGUAGUGGGCAUCAAAUCCAAAGAGCGAGAGGCGGUAGCCCAGGGGCGCAGAAAGCUCAAGCGCGACACCAUGGCACGGUGGAAGGCAGCGUUGGCUCGGGUAAGGAGUCGAAAAAUACUCCUCGCAAGCGCACUGGAGGUCAGGGAUGAGGAUCUUGCGAGGAGGGUGAUACGACUGUGGUCUGAGCAAGCCGUCAGGGCGAGGGAUCUGCGCACAAGGGCAGAGCGCUCGGCCCUUGAGCAAAGCGACAGGAUAAUCAUGAACGCUUUUGCGACCUGGCGGGGGAGACUCAAGGAGCGCCGCUUGGAGCCGAUGGCUCGGCGCGUGGAGGAGAUUGUGGAGGAUGGGCUGAUGUUUGCGGUGUGGGAUCGAUGGGUCGUCAAGUCGACGAACCUGCCUCUCAUCGCAUUCACCAAGCGACGGGUACUGAAAGCGGCGAUAAGCAAAUGGCGGCAGGCGCUGGAGACGAGACAGAUGGAGAAGAGUGUGAUGGUGCCACAGGAGCAGAGGCUGCUGAGUGGGUCGACACGGGUUCAGUACUGACGUCAGGCGAGGUGCUCGGGAUAUGGAAGGAGAAGACGGCCUCGAGGGCUGCAUCCAGGCGCCGACGCAUGCGCGGGAGUGAUCUGGCUCG